UGUGCCCAGUGCGCAUAGGACCGGCGGAACCAGGGCGCAGAGGCAGCUCGUGAACUCCUCCAGCAGCUCCAAAACUCUCCAGAUUCUUUUGUUUCCUCUCCGGACGCUGAGGUCUGGGACUAUGGAGGAUGUGUACCACUACAGCCGCAGUCCUGCCUGGGAGGAGCUGGAGCCCGAAAAAGGAGCUGUGUCCGCCGCGGGCAUCCAUGCCCAUGUGGUGGGCACCGCCGGAGGCUCCGGAGCCGCAGACGAGUCCUCAGACAGCGACGCGGAGCAGGAAGGGCCCCAGAAACUCAUCCGGAAAGUGUCCACCUCAGGACAGAUCAGGAGCAAGACAAGUAUAAAAGAGGGAUUACUGCUCAAACAGACCAGCUCGUUCCAGAGGUGGAAAAAGCGUUACUUCAAACUGAGAGGACGAACUCUUUACUACGCCAAAGACGCCAAGUCUCUUAUCUUUGAUGAAGUGGACCUGUCCGACGCCAGUGUUGCAGAGUCCAGCACUAAGAAUGUUAACAACAGCUUCACGGUGAUCACUCCGUUCCGUAGGCUCAUUCUCUGCGCCGAGAACAGGAAAGAGAUGGAGGACUGGAUCAGUUCACUCAAGUCUGUUCAGUCCAGAGAGCACUAUGAGACGGCACAGUUCAACGUGGAGCAUUUCUCAGGGAUGCACAACUGGUACGCCUGCUCGCACGCACGCCCCACCUUCUGCAACGUUUGUAAGGACAGUUUAUCAGGGGUGACCUCCCAUGGGCUCUCCUGUGAAGUGUGUAAAUUCAAAGCCCACAAACGCUGCGCCGUCCGAGCCAUUAACAACUGCAAGUGGACGACGCUGGCUUCCAUCGGGAAAGAUAUUAUCGAGGAUGAAGAUGGGAUUGCGAUGCCUCACCAGUGGUUGGAGGGGAACCUGCCUGUGAGUGCCAAGUGUGCCGUGUGCGAUAAAACGUGUGGGAGCGUGCUGAGGCUGCAGGACUGGCGCUGUCUCUGGUGCAAAGCGAUGGUGCACACGGCCUGCAUGGACCUAUACCCUCGCAAAUGUCCGUUGGGUCAGUGCAAAGUCUCCAUCAUUCCCCCCACGGCUCUGAACAGCAUCGACUCAGACGGAUUCUGGAAAGCUACGUGCCCCCCGUCAUGUGCCAGCCCCCUCCUCGUGUUCGUAAACUCCAAAAGCGGAGACAAUCAGGGAGUCAAAUUCUUGCGGCGUUUCAAGCAGCUCCUCAACCCGGCCCAAGUGUUUGACCUGGUGAACGGCGGUCCGCACCUCGGUCUGCGGCUUUUUCAAAAAUUCGACAACUUUCGGAUCCUGGUGUGCGGCGGUGACGGCAGUGUGGGCUGGGUCCUGUCGGAGAUCGAUAAGCUCAACCUACACAAACAGUGCCAGCUCGGGGUCCUGCCUUUGGGAACGGGGAACGAUUUGGCCCGAGUCCUGGGGUGGGGGCCGUCCUGUGAUGACGACACGCAGUUGCCCCAAAUCCUGGAGAAGUUAGAGCGAGCCAGCACCAAAAUGUUGGACCGCUGGAGCAUCAUGACAUACGAGAUCAAGAUCCCUCCUAAACACAGCUACCCCACCACACCUGAAGGGGGCGACGACUGCCAGUUUCAUAUUUCAGCUUAUGAAGACUCAGUAGCGGCACAUCUCACCAAGAUCCUGAACUCUGAUCAGCACUCUGUGGUCAUCUCCUCUGCCAAGAUCCUGUGUGAAACAGUGAAGGAUUUUGUUGCCAAAGUGGGAAAGGCCUAUGAGAAAAGCAGUGAAAACGCAGAUGAGUGUGACAGUAUGACUCUCAAAUGUGCCAUCCUGAAUGAGAAGCUGGACUCCCUGCUCCAGACGCUGCAGACCGAGUGCCACGCUCUGCCCCCGCUGCCUCACUGCACCCCCCCCAUCGUGGAGGAGGAGCCGGAGGAUGAAGAGGAGGAGGAGGAGGAAGAGGAGCCCAGUGAGGAGAGCCUGACGGAGCUGAAGGAGAAGCUGGAGCGGGCGGAGAGCGAGAAGGGAGCAGCUACUUCGCCACAUCAGAGCUUCAAGAGCCGAGAACAGCUCAUGCUCCGGGCCAACAGUUUAAAGAAGGCAGUGCGUCAGAUCAUAGAACAAGCCGAGAGAGUGGUGGACGAGCAGAACGCCCACAGCGAGGACGCCGAGCUCACGUCCCCGCUGGAGUUCAGAAAGGACAGCGAGGAGGAGAGUCGCGACAGUGAAAAAGACGAAGACACGAAGGAGCUGGAGCUGUUGCCGUCUGCCAAGAGCCCGUGUUCCCCCACAGAGCGUAAAGUCAGUCGCAGCACGCAGUCGUACCAGUCCUUCACCAUCACCCCCUUCACCACCAGCAAAGAGAACCUCCCAGUGCUCAACACACGCAUCAUCUGCCCAGGCCUGCGCGCUGGUCUGGCCGCCUCCAUCGCCGGGAGCUCCAUCAUUAGUAAGAUGCUGCUGGCGAACAUCGACCCGUUCGGCGCCACUCCCUUCAUCGACCCCGACCUGGACUCACUAGAGGGCUACAUGGAAAAGUGCGUCAUGAACAACUACUUUGGGAUCGGUUUGGACGCCAAGAUUUCCUUAGAGUUUAACAAUAAGAGGGAGGAGCAUCCAGAGAAAUGCAGGAGUCGCACAAAGAACAUGAUGUGGUAUGGCGUUUUGGGCACCAAGGAACUUCUCCAAAGAACCUACAAAAACCUGGAGCAGAAAGUUCAACUGGAGUGUGACGGGCAGUACAUCCCCCUGCCGAGCUUACAGGGCAUCGCCGUGUUAAACAUUCCGAGUUACGCCGGAGGGACCAACUUCUGGGGAGGCACCAAAGAGGACGAUAUAUUCUGUGCUCCAUCCUUCGACGAUAAAAUUCUUGAAGUCGUGGCUGUGUUUGGGAGCAUGCAGAUGGCUGUGUCCAGAGUCAUCAAGCUACAGCACCAUCGCAUCGCACAGUGUCGAACUGUAAAGAUCACCAUCCUUGGAGACGAGGGUGUUCCCAUUCAGGUGGACGGAGAGGCCUGGAUCCAGCCUCCGGGGGUCAUCAAAAUCCAGCACAAGAACCGCGCUCAGAUGCUCACCAGAGACCGGGCGUUUGAGAACACGCUGAAGUCCUGGGAGGAUAAGCUGAAAUACGAUAAGCCCCCGCUGAGACCUCACCUUUACCCGCAACAGUCGGUGGAUUUGGCGACGGAAGAAGAGGCGGGACUUGUGCAGAUGUGCGCCCGAGCGGCAGAGGAGCUCAUCACCAGGAUUUGUGAAGCUGCCAAAACCAACGGUCUUCUGGAGCAGGAGCUGGCGCACGCCGUCAACGCAGCGUCUCACGCCAUCAACAAAACUCACCCCAAGUUUCCAGAGAGUCUCACCAGAAACACGGCUAUCGAGGUCGCCAGCACCGUCAAAGCUCUGUACAACGAGACCGAAUCCCUCCUCGUGGGCCGCGUCUCUCUGCAACUGGAGCCGCCCGAAGAGGAGCAGCUGUCCAACGCCCUCCAGAGCGUGGAGCUGGAGAUGGGGAAGCUCGGGGAGAUUCCUUGGCUCUACCACAUCCUGCAGCCAAACGAUGAAGAGGACCACUCUCUGGGUUACUGCAAGAGGAACAGCCGCUCCAGCAUGUUUCGGAUAGUGCCCAAGUUCAAGAAGGAGAAAGCUGCCAAAAAGACCAGCCCUCAGUCAGUGGAGAGAUGGGGCACGGAGGAGGUGGGCGUGUGGCUGGAGCAGCUGAGCCUCGGGGAGUACAGAGACACCUUCACUCGCCAUGACAUCCGCGGGUCCGAGCUGCUGCACCUGGAGAGGCGGGACCUAAAGGACCUGGGGAUAUCGAAAGUGGGUCAUAUGAAGAGAAUUCUCCAGGGAACUAAGGACCUGGCCAAAGCCUCCAUGAUUGACCUCUAAAACGUGAGCUCCAGCAGAGGGCGCCCGAGAGCUCCCCGUACCCACCCACCCCCACACCGACCUCAGAAGGACCCGUGGUG